UGUUGAGUUGGAGAUUUUGACAGAUCUGAAGGAAGUAGGGGACCUUAGUAUGAGAUUUAAAACUGAUAUUAAGAGUGGAGGAAGCUUGUUUACUGAUCUUAAUGGACACACUAUCCAGCAGCACAAAUACAAAGACAAACUUAAAAUUCAGGGUAACUUCUUCCCGAUGCCCUCUACAGCCUUUAUCCAAGAUUCAGAGACUCGGUUCUCAGUACUCAGUUCUGAACCUCACGGUGUGGCUUCGCUGAAAGAGGGUUAUCUAGAAGUAGUGCUGGACAGAAGGAACCAGAAAGAUGAUGGGAGAGGUCUAGGCCAGGGUUUGGACGACAACGUUCCCACACCGGCGCGACUACGACUCCUUGUGGAAUUUGGUCCCGGUGCUAAAGUGGAGGACUACGUUGUUGAGUACCCCUCUCUUUUGAGCUACUGGGUUCAGCAGUCCCUUAUGCACCCUGUUUUCGCGGGACAUAAACCUGGGGACUCUUCAUCUACCAGAUUUGUACAACUCAUGAAGAGUCUGCCGUGUGACGAGGAGCUAGUUAACCUGAGAUUAGUGGAUGAAGAAGCUGACACCUCCCUUCUCAUUAUCAGAAACUUGGGAUUCACUUGUCAGAUGGAUUACUCUCAGUAUUGUCAAAAUCACAAAAGCAAACCCCUGAAGGAUGUUUUCACCGUUCCGGUGGAGUGUAAGGCUCACCCUCUCUCUCCUUUCCACGAGUUUGGAGAUAACAAAGUUCAGAACCAUAAACCUAUGCAAUUUUCUUCUUAUUAUGUACAUUUUAUUGGGAGCGAUUAGAUAUCAUUUAUUUAUGAAUUUAUUUAUGAAUUUUACAGAAG